AGCGUGUUUCUGUAUGGCUAAAAACGUGGUUUGGUAUCAGACCAGCAGGCAGACUCUAUCGAAGCCGCAUAACGCGGUAGCCAAAUAACGGUGAAUCUCUCCGUCCAUGGCUGGGUACCAGAGAGAUGCCAUCUGAAACGCUGUCCAAGCUUUCUCCAAGGGUCAAGAUUGUCUGCAGUAGCUUGACAUUUGAAGCCCACCAAUGAAGAAAGCCGGCUGCUGUAAAAUUUUGGAUGAAGUAAGGGACAGAAUUAAACUAAAUGGCUCGACAAGAACCUACAUCUUCCAAUGUUUUUCACAAUUCAGAGGAAAGCAGCACUCAACAUGCAGGUGGAUCAGGAUUUCCAGGCUUGAAGAAGAGGGGACAUAAUCUUGGAAACCGAUCUUGGAUUUUGAUUGAUGGGAAAGGGAAUUCUGAAAUUGUGGAACUGGAUAAAUUUACUCUAAUGAGACGCUGCUCUUUACCGUCUCGAGAUCUUAGGCUUUUGGAUCCAUUGUUUAUCUAUCCCUCCACAAUAUUAGGCCGUGAGAAAGCUAUUGUUAUUAGUCUGGAACAGAUUAGAUGCAUUAUCACAGCUGAUGAGGUUAUUCUAAGAAACUCUGUGGAUGUGUCUGUGCUACAGUAUCGAUCUGAACUGUGCAAGCGUCUUGAAGCAUCGAGAGAUCAGUUCGAUGAUUUACCUUUUGAGUUCAAGGCAUUUGAGCUUGCUCUGGAACUUACGUGUAUGUCUCUUGAUGCUCAGGUAAAUUCAUUAGAAACGGAAAUAUAUCCUGUUCUUGAUGAAUUGGCAUCAUCAAUAAGCACACUCAAUUUAGAACAUGUACGCAGAUUCAAAGGAAACCUGCUGACCAUGACUCAGCGGGUACAGAAGGUUUGUGAUGUAAUAGAACAUCUGAUGGAUGAUGAUGGAGAUAUGGCAGAGAUGUAUUUGACCGAAAAGAAAGAAAGAUGGAAGGAAUUGAACAACAAUGAUCAUAAUGAUGAUCAAACAAGUACUUCACCGCAUGACCAGGCUGUAUCCAAAUCCGCACCUGUCUCUCCUGUUGGAUCGUCCAGUGGAGUUCAGAGACUGCAGAGAGCGUUCAGCAGCAUGAGUUCCAGCAAACAGGGAAGCUUCUUGAGCUCGUCUAGCGAUGAUGAGAAUAUUGAUCAACUCGAAAUGUUACUUGAAGCAUACUUUGUUGUAAUAGACAACACUCUCAACAAAUUACUGGCGCUUAAAGAAUAUAUUGAAGAUACGGAGGAUUUGAUCAACAUUAAGCUGGGCAAUGUUCAGAAUCAGCUGAUCCAAUACCAGCUACUUCUCACAGCUGCUACAUUUGUUGCUACGAUAUAUUCUGUGGUGGCCGCAGUUUUUGGUAUGAACUUUGAGGAUGAAGUGUUUGAUAAUCCAUCGACAUUCAAUUGGGUGCUAAUCAUCACUGGAGUUUUCUCUAUAAUGCUGUACUCAUGCUUUUUGAUCUAUUUCCGAUACAAAAAGAUCUUUCCACUGUAGGUGCUGCUGCAGUGGAAUUAUUUAUAUGGUUACAAUUAAUUCAUUUACGAUAUAGACAUUUCAUUUUCUUAUU